AUCACUCCAGUCUGCCCUGAAGUCCUCUCCAUGUCUUCCCAGAGUGAAGCUCUACAAACCACUGAGGAAGUGACUCUCCAGGCACUCCUGCUUUGCCAGGCUGGGAUUGGGACUCUGGCCAACAUUCUUCUGUUGGUUCAUAAUUCAUCUCCCGUUGUUCCUGGUUCUCGAGUGAGGCCCGUACAGGUCAUUGUCACCCACGUGGCUGUGGCCAAUGCCUUAAUUCUCCUCAUCACUGCCUUUCCAAACAAAGUGAUGUUUUUUGUCCCAAGGAAACCUAAAAGUAACCUGAAAUGCAAAAUCGAGUACUUCAUCCGCCAGGUGGCUCGUAGCACAAACAUGUGCUCCACCUGUGUCCUGAGUACCUAUCAGUUUCUCACUCUUGUUCCUUGUCCUUGUGGUAGGGUGAUGCUCCGAGGGAGAGCCCCUAGUAUCCUGAGUUAUUCUUGUUACAGCUGUUGGUUCUUCAGUGUCUUAAAUAACGUCUACAUUCCAUUGAAAGUCAGUGGUUCACAGAGCACAGCCAAUGGCACUGAUAAUAGCAAGUGGGUCUGCUCCACACCUGGUUUCAGUGUAGGCAUGGUCAUCUUGCCAUUUGCCCAUCAUUCUGUGUUCAUCAGCAUCAUGGUCUGGACCAGUGUUUCCAUGGUCCUCCUCCUACAUAGACACAAAAAGAGAGUGCAGCACCUUCACACCCCAAAUCAGGACCAGAGAAUCCACCCUGAGACCAGAGCAGUCCACACCAUCCUGAUGCUGGUGGUCACCUUUGUGAGCUUUUAUGCCCUAGGCAGUAUUUGCAAUUUGUUUCACAUUUCUUUUGUGGGUUCCCCUCUCUGGCUGAGGCAUGUAGGCGAAGUUCUGAUUGCAGGCUUUCCCACCGUUUCUCCCUUGCUGUUGAUCUUUAGAGAUCGUAAAAACCCUUGCUCUGCGCUCUUCAACUGCUGA